AUGAAGGAAGUUUUGAAGAUAGAAAAACAAAGAAGGCAUGAUGCAGAAGGUGCCAAAGAUAAGGCACUGCAUGAACUGAAACACCUCCGGAAAUUGGCAGAAGAACAGAAGUUACUUGAAAGAGAAACCUUGAUGCAAACGAUUGAUAAAUUGAAGGCAGAAGCACAGGAAAGAGAGAAGUUGUUGGUGAAUCUUGAAAGAUAUGCAGAAAAUUUGGAGAAAAAUCAGCGAUUUGAGAGCCUGCGCGCCACAAAAGCUCAGCGUGAAAUGCGAGACACUUGUCAAAAGCUUCUUGAUAAGAUAAGAGAUUUGGAACAAACCGUACAAAUACGACGAAAGCGAGAACAGCAAAACAGAAUUCGCGCAAUGGGUGACGAGUUGGACAUGGAGUUGAAUCCAUCAGAUCUGUUCCCAUCCCCUCCGGUACUGAAGCCCAAUCCCGUUCGCCCGUUGUCUGCUGUUGUACCCGCAGAACAGAGAGAGGCGACGGAUUUAGCGAAGCAACGACCCAAAAGCAGUUACAAUCUGGUUGUUUUGCCGAAAAUUAACACGAAAGAAUCCGAUGGCGCCAAUGAGAACCAUUCGGUCAAACCAACGAGCACCCCUCAAAAUCAGACAACACAUUCGGCUCGUGAUGAUAUUCUUUUGGAGGAGCUCAGACGAAAUGAAAUGUUAGCCCGCAUACUUGCCGAAUCUCAAUUAGCUCGAGCACAAGAAGCUAUCCCAGCCUCUUUGGAAGCUCUGGGGCACACGGGGAAAAAACUCAUUCGGGAAAGCUCUACGGAUUCGAAAUCACAUUUUCGUCCUACCGAGAAUUCAACAGCAAAACAUGUCGAUCGUGUUCCGGAACAAAGAAAAGUUACCACUUAUCUAGAAGAAGAUGAAAGCACCAGUUCGGUCACACCAGACUGUGUCACACCAACCAGUUUAAUCGAUCCUUCCGAGGUGAUUGAUACGCGCCGGGCCAGUGAGAUAAAUGACGUACAGAAUAAGAAUAAUGAAGCUAGGCAGGAUACGAACAACAAUGUGAAGAGAGAAGUUCACUUGCAAUCUAUCAAACCAACCGAAGCGAACGCGACAAAACUCGUUGCACAACUCACUGUCAACAACCCACUCGUUUUGCAAACUGCUCAAGAGACACCGACAUAUGACACAGUCGAUCUGGUUCCCAUGCCAAACUCGGUCACUCAGAUCUGUAGACCAUGUGGUGAUCAGGAUAUGGACUGUUCUUUCAUUGCGGACCUGAGUGCUGGAAGCCCAUUCAGUUUAGAUGGAAUGACAGCUGGUCCAGAUGAGGAUAUACUCUGGCAAGAAACGCCGUCAGUACAUGUGACCUCAUCUGUGGGUAAUACGAGAUUUUAUCGUCCAUCGAACGAUCUGACAGCGAAUGCAAACAAUGAUGCAGAUGAGUCGGAUAUGAGUUAUUUUUCUGAGGUAAACCUUCAGUUAGAGCUCUCGAUAGAACGCACAUUCUGCUUAUCUACAUCAUUUUAUGAGGCUUUGGUGUAA